CUAUAAAUUAAUAAAACCCUAAAAGGCGUCCCAAUCGUCACCAGCCCUCUAUGUGCCUCUCUCUCUACUCUAAAACCUCAUAACCCUAAAAUUUUUCAAGUUUCUUUAACAUAGCAGCUUAAAAAACCGAAAAAAGAAAAGUAACUAGAAGGAAACUUGAUUUUGAUGCAUAGUUAUUAUUGCAGAAGGUAUUCUGGAAUUUGGGUUUUUAAUGGGUUUUAAGAAAAGAAGCACUAAAUCUGAGGAAGAAGUUCUUGAGGGUCAAACUGAUUUAGCUGCGGAUAAUACGGUUUCGGCUCCUUCCAGUAAGAAAAUUAAGAUGGAUGGCAAAAAAGAUGCAGACAUGGGAGAUGGGGUUGCUUCCUCUUCUUCUGUUGCAAAUUCCGUUAAACCAAUGGAGAGAAAAAAGAAGAGAAAACAGGUAGACAAGGAGAGGCGGCGAUCGGUUUUAGAAAAUGAGGAAUCUCAGCUGAAACAACCGAUUAUUGAACCGAAAGGAAAGGAUGCCACAGAGCCUGUGGCAGCUUCGUCUAGUAGUAGUUUGCCUGAGUUCCAUAUCAGUGUUUUUAAGGACUUGGCCUCCGCAGAUUCUUCAGUGAGAGAAGCAGCAGUGGAAACAAUGGUGACUGAGUUGCAGGAGGUGCAGAAGGCAUAUGAUAGGCUUGAGAAUAAGGACUUGGUUGAGGGUGGUUUGAAACUGGAAGCUCAAAAGGAUGAUGGCUUGAAUAACUGUGCAUCCUCUUUGGGAUAUGCUGUGCGGAGGUUGAUACGUGGUGUUUCUUCAUCAAGAGAGUGUGUUAGACAGGGUUUUGCGUUGGGUUUGACUGCUUUGGUUGCCGCAAUUCCCAGCAUUAAAGUGGACUCCUUGUUGAAACUUAUAGUUGAUUUGUUGGAGGUCUCAUCAUCGAUGAAGGGUCAGGAAGUAAGGGAUUGCCUCUUGGGUCGCUUGUUUGCUUAUGGUGCUAUUGCCCGAUCUGACAGACUCACUAAAGAGUGGUUGUCAGAUAAAAAUACUCUUCUUAUCAAGGAAUUUAUGAGUGCUAUUAUCUCCCUUGCUUCCAAAAAACGAUAUUUGCAGGAGCCAUCGGUUUCCAUCAUUUUAGAAAUUAUUGAAAAGCUGCCUGCUGAAGCAUUGUUGGAUCAUAUUCUUGAAGCUCCUGGAGUUCCUCAGUGGUUUGAAGAAGCCAUUGAUGUUGGGAAUCCUGAUGCCUUGCUGUUAGCUUUAAAAAUUCAUGAAAAAACAUCCAUUGACAGCAAAUUCGGCAAACUUUUGCCAAAUCCAUUCAGCCCAAGCAAACUUUUCUCUGCUGAUUAUUUAUCCUCAAUUAGUAACUGCUUGAAGGAAUCCACAUUUUGUCAACCCCGGGUUCAUAGUUUGUGGCCUGUUCUGGUAAAUAUUCUCCUACCUGAUACCAUUUUGCAGGCUGAAGAUGCAGUGUCUGCUUCUAAUUCCUUAAAAAAGCACAAAAAGGGUCGCAAGUCUAGCUCUUCAGAAGAAGAAAUUGCAAAUAACGUCCAGUCUUUCUGUGAUGCUGUUAUUGAAAGAUCCCUGCUCCUGUCAUCUCAUGAUCGUAAACACUUAGCAUUUGAUGUUCUGCUUCUUCUCCUGCCAAGAUUACUGUCUUCUUUUAUACCUAUUGUUUUCUCAUCCAAAGUCGUUCAGUGCUUGAUAGAUAUACUUUCCACAAAAGAUUCAUGGCUGUAUAAAGUUGCGCAGCAUUUUCUUAAUGAAUUAUUAGACUGGGUUAGGAAUGAUGAUGUCAGGCGAGUAGCUGUUAUUGUUGCCUUUCAGAAGCACAGCAAUGGAAAGUUUGAUUGCAUUACAAAGACAAAAACAGUGAAAGAUUUGAUGGCAGAGUUCAAAACAGAAGCUGGUUGCAUGCUGUUUGUUCAGAACUUGAUUAACUUGUUUCUGGAUGAAGCUCAUGCUUCCGAGGAACCUUCUGAUCAGAGUCAAACAACUGAUGAGAAUUCUGAGAUAGGCUCAAUCGAGGACAAGGAUUCUAUCGGAAUUAUGGGGAAUGCUGAUUUUCUGAAAGGCUGGGUCAUAGAAUCACUUCCUAGUGUUCUGAAACAUUUAAAGUUGGACCCUGAAGCAAAAUUCCGAGUGCAAAAGGAAAUAUUGAAGUUUCUAUCAGUUCAAGGUCUAUUCUCUGCAUCUCUUGGUAAUGAAGUUACUUCAUUUGAAUUACAGGAGAAAUUUAGAUGGCCAAAAGCAACCACCUCGACUGCCCUUUGCAAAAUGUGCAUAGAACAACUCCAAUCUCUGCUAGCAAAUGCUCAAAAGGUUGAGGAGCCCCGAUCUUUGGCUAAUGGACUUGAGCCGAAUGACCUUGGUUCCUACUUCAUGCGGUUUUUCAGCACAUUACGUAACAUUCCUUCAGUUUCUCUAUUUCGAACUUUGAGUGAUGAUGACAAAGAGUUGGUCACAAAAUUGCUAGAAAUGGAGAGUAAACUUUAUAAAGAGGAAAGGAACUUUAGGCUCAGCAAUGAUGCAAAUAAAGUGCAUGCAUUGAGGUAUUUGCUCAUCCUAUUGCUACUCCAAGUACUCCUCCGGCCUGGGGAAUUCUGCGAUGCGGCCUCUGAGCUUACAAUAUGUUGUAAGAAAGUUUUUGCAGCUCCUGAUGAUCUCAACUCAUCUGGAGAAGAUGAGUUGGAUGGUGAUGCAGCACCAGAAUUAAUGGAUGUUCUUGUGGAUACUUUACUUUUCUUGCUGCCACAGUCAUCAGCCCCUAUGCGGACUGCUAUUGAGCAGGUUUUUAGAUAUUUCUGUGGCGAUGUUACUGAUGACGGGCUGAUGCGGAUGUUGCGGAUAAUUAAGAAAGACCUAAAACCUGCUAGACAUCAGGAAGCAGGCAGUGAAGAUGACGACGAUGAUGAUGACCUUCUCGGUAUUGAAGAAGAUGAGGAUAUGGAUGAAGCUGAGACUGGUGAAACAGCUGACAGUGACGAACAAUCUGAAGACUCUGAGGCAGUAGUUGGCAGUGAGGGGGCUGAUAAAGAUCUUCCUGAAGAUUCUGAUGAGUCUGAUGGAGGAAUGGAUGAUGAUGCUAUGUUCCGCAUGGACACUUAUCUUGCUCAGAUCUUUAAAGAGAAAAAGAAUCAGGCAGGUGGCGAAACUGCUCAGUCCCAGCUCGUCCUGUUCAAGCUCCGAGUUCUUUCACUUCUGGAAAUUUAUUUGCAUGAAAAUCGAGGUAAGCCCCAAGUCUUGACAGUAUUCUCAAACUUGGCUCAAGCAUUUGUCAAUCCACAUACCACAGAAGGCAGUGAACAACUCGGACAACGUAUAUGGGGAAUUCUUCAAAGGAAGGUAUUCAAAGAAAAGAAGUUACCCAAGGAUGAAUCCAUACUGCUGUCUACUCUUGAAACUCUAUUGGAGAAAAACCUUAAGUUGGCAUCAAAACCAUUCAAGAGAAAGAAAUCUGCAAGCAGCCUAUCGAAGAAGAAGCUGACAGCGUCUUUGACCAGAUACAAAAUGAUUGUUUCGCUUGCUCAGAAUUCAACAUAUUGGAUAUUGAAGAUCAUCGAAGCAAGAAAUCUCUCAGAUUCUGAAUUACAGGGAGUCUUUGAUCUCUUACAGGCUGUUCUGGAGGGGUAUUUUGACAGUAAAAAGUCCCAAAUAAAAUCUGGGUUUUUGAAAGAAAUAUUUAGAAGAAAUCCUAGAAUCAGUCAUCAACUCUUCGGCUUCUUGUUAGAAAACUGUGGCAAUGCAAAAUCCGACUUUCGACGGGUUGAGGCUCUCGAUUUGGUGAUUGAAGUAUUUAAGUCACAUGUCCCCAUUAACUCUAAUGAAAGCAACCGAGAUGUGUCGAAGAAAUUUUUGAAAAGCCACCUGCAGAGUCUUGGUCAUCUUAUAGAGACCUUGGUGACAAAGAUGCCCGAAAAGAAGUCUCGAAAAACCGAAGUGCAUAAAUGUUGCGAUAAGAUCUUCCAGAUGAUAACAACACUAGACCUAACCAAGGCUUUUUUGAAAUGUUUGGAACCCGGCACUCUCUCUGCUUGUGAAUCUCAACUCGGUCCCGUUUUUCUCAAGUUGAAGAAGCCCAAAUGAGAGCCAAGUAUAAAAGGUUAGCCCUUGUUUGUGGAAACAACUUGUCAAGGAAGCCUCAUUUUUGCUUUGUCUUUUGUAUGGUGCUUGCUCUCACAUUGCUGCUUAGUGCCUUUGCUUUGUUUAAAGUGGUGACAGUGGGUGAAAAUUUGUUGACAUCCUGGCUUAAUUCAUCCAAAAAAGAAAACCAUGAGGGAUUUUGUUUAUCAGCCUUUAUUUAUUUAUAUAUAUGUAUUAUAUUUAAGAUGA